AAAAGGAGAAAAACUUCUGGCUUUCGCGGCUGCACGACUGUCCGGGCUUCAAUACACGCGUCCGUCCCACCGGGUGUCUCCAGCGCGGGGGCCCGUUUAUGUGACCUCGUGGGAGCCCCCGUGUCCGCCCUCCGCGGCCCGGAGACGUGCGCAGCUAUUCCGCGCCUGCUGCCCCCUAGCGGCGGCGGCGAGGAGUGCGCCCUUUCUGCGCACCGUGAUGCAAUCGGAGCGGACGCGGAGCAGAAGCUGCACCCUCGGCCGCCUCGCCGGGGACUCUUCCUUCUAGGCUCCGCUGCACCGGCGGCUGCCUUUCCUCCGGAUCCGCGGGGGCUGCCUUUUUGCAGGGGAAAGCCCGGAUCGGGCUGCCUGGCUCCAUCCGCACCGACAGAGCCCUCCGGGAGAGGAAGACCGCCGUGCCGAGCCGCCUUCUCGUUUUUCUCGCCUCGCUUCUGCCCACCCCCCUUUAUAAUUUGGGGAAUUUCGAGGAGCGCCUCGGCCAGCAUGAUGAAGGGUUGUCAAAACGACUGCGCGGCUGGAUGUACAGGGGCAGCCGCAAAACAUGUGACUGAAUCGUUCAAGGCUUCUGACCUCGUCAUCAACCCAGCAACUACUUUAAAAGAAAAGCCAGACCCAAAUGGUUUGGUAUUUGGCACUGUCUUCACAGACAACAUGUUAUUCGUUGAAUGGUCGUUAGCGUCAGGAUGGGACACACCUCAUAUCAAGCCGCUGGAGAACCUCUCGCUACAUCCUGCCAUAUCAGCACUUCACUAUGCUGUGGAACCAAAAGGACUGACAGAGGCGAAACUGCUCCAAAUGCUAUGGCUCAAUGAAUACACACUCUUUGAAGGCAUGAAGGCAUACCGAGGAGAGGAUGGCAAGAUCCGCCUGUUUCGACCAAGUCUCAACAUGGACAGGAUGUUGCGGUCAGCUGUACGGGCAACUUUGCCAGCAUUUGACAAAGAAGAACUUUUGGAGUGUAUCCGGAAAUUGGUAGAAGUCGAAAAGGAGUGGGUACCAUACUCAACCUCUGCUAGCCUGUACAUUCGGCCUACUUUAAUUGGAACAGAGCCUUCUCUUGGGGUGAAGAAGCCAUCCAAAGCUAUCCUCUACGUCAUACUGAGCCCUGUGGGUCCCUAUUUCUCAAGUGGCACUUUCAACCCCAUAUCGUUAUGGGCUGAUCCAAAAUAUGUCCGGGCCUGGAAAGGAGGGACAGGUGACUGCAAGUUGGGAGGGAACUACGGCUCUUCUAUUUAUGCCCAGCGUGAAGCUAUGGAGCUUGGGUGCCAACAGGUUCUCUGGCUUUAUGGCGAUGAGCAUCAGAUUACAGAGGUUGGAACCAUGAAUCUUUUCCUGUAUUGGCAGAAUGAAAAUGGAGAAGAGGAACUGGCUACCCCACCACUAGAUGGCAUCAUCCUACCUGGUGUGACAAGGCAGAGCAUUUUGGAUCUGGCACGCAUGUGGGGGGAGUUUAAAGUGUCGGAGCGGUACAUCACCAUGAGCGAACUGAAAACUGCCCUGAAGGAAAACAGAAUGAAGGAGAUGUUCGGUGCUGGGACUGCUUGUGUUGUGUGUCCUAUUUCUACAAUAUUAUAUCUGGGUGAGAAUUUGCACAUUCCAACGAUGGAGAAUGGACCUCAAAUAGCUACGCGUUUCUUGAACCAGCUCAGUGAUAUCCAAUACGGUAGAGAAGAAAGCGAGUGGACGGUUGUGGUCUCAUGAAGAGAAACGGCAGGGAGGACUCUAACCUUCUGGCAACACAACAAAACAGGCUGAAGUACCCCCCUGGAGGAUGGCCAGUUUUACUGUAGCUCUACGUAGAGUAGUCUCUGUGUUAUCACUUUGUUCCCGGGCUGGGGUGGUGGUUUCCACAUGAUGCCAGGGAGUGUGAACACAAUCAUUUUGAAUUUUUUUUUCUACUGUGAUUUUGGUUUAGAAUAGAAACCUGUCUUCUGGUAGAGGUGCUAGAUGUAAGCAAUAGACACUUCCUUAGAGGAUUUCUUGGUUCCCCUUUGUGUCCUUGGUAGAUUUGACACGUGUAAAAAUUUCUUCAACUGAUCUUCAGUGCAAACCAAGUAUUUUUUAAAAAAAUGAUUUUAUUUAACUUUUAAACCACAGACCAGGAUGUUAAAUUGCCAAAUGACUCAAGGAACUCUUUGGGAUCUCUGAGUCUUCUCUUCAUGUCUAGCUUUUUGAGAUAAUAUUUUUCCCUUGCUAUCUCUGGGGCGGGGAGAGGUGUGUCUGUGUGUCUGUGUGUGUGUCUGUGUGUAAAACAUUGGUCACAGUUUUCUAGAAGUUUGAAGGACCACAUUUUAAAACUUUCUUUCUUUCUUUCUUUCUUUCUUUCUUUCUUUCUUUCUUUCUUUCUUUCUUUCUUUCUUUCUUUCUUUCUUUCUUUCUUUCUUUCUUUCUUUCUUUCUUUCUUUCUUUCUCAUCUUUUUUUGCCUUGAUCACUUGAAGCCAAAUCUCCUAGCCACAUAUCUUUCUAGACAGGAAGAAUUCUGUUGUGGUACCUGUUGACACCAUGCCGUAAGUGGAUCCAAAUUACAAUGGUUCCCACCCACGCCCGACUCCUAAGUGACCUCUAUCUGUGCUGUGCUGUAGAGUAUUAUAUGAAACUAGGUUCUGUGCAACCCAUAGAACAUGAUACAAUCCAAUUCUUUGUACUUUCUGCAGAGCACUGAUAGCACAGUCUGUUGCUGGAGGCGUUGACCGUGAAGUCUCAUAAUCCAUCGCACCUCCUUCAUAGUCUAGCUGGGUUUGCCACCCAUAAUUUUGCAAACAUCACACAAAUUGAGCAACAAAGCUGAUUCAUUAAGCACAGCCUUAGUCUAGCAGAAGAUGCAAGAAUGUGUUGUGUUAAGCCUUCUAAUAUGUUAGAGAGCAUCUGUCCAUAUCAGGGUGGCAGGAUCCAUUCCAUUCUUCAUUU